AAGCAUGUUCACCGUACCUUGUUGAAGGCGGUGGUUGGAGCAGAGCCCCCUGACCAUGCGGUGGCCAGUCAUGCACCGCCCCCUGACAGCCCAGUCUCUGAGUCCUCCUGUGAUGGUGACUUGUUGUUCCUGGUCCCUAGGACUGCUCCCCUCCCCACCUUUCCAGCCACUCGGGCACGGGCCGAGACUGAAACCGCUCCUCAACAACUACACCAUCGACCUAACAUGGAUCCCACUGUGCCAGGUCCAUCAGUGCCCCCUGUUCUGAAUCCAGACCUGCCAUCUGCAUCCCCAGUUGCUCCGUUCACCAGCUCCUCUGACCCCAUCAACUUGCCACCCCGGAGGUCAACGCGGUCAACUGCUGGCCACCAUCCUAAUGUCCACCGCAUUCCAAGGCCAGUGGGGGACUUGGCAUCGGGGGCUGCAAUUUCCGAACGCCCCGUAUCACACUUAGUCACUGCACUCUUUAGACCCUGGAGUUAAGCACGCAUUUAGUUUAUCGUCGGGACGGCGAUACAAAGAGUGGGGGUAGAUUGUAGCAGGAUGACUGCUUUUCCAGUGGCUCCGCCCACUCGCAGUAUUGUCCCCCUUUAAUUUAUUAUAUAAGGAGGGACCUGUAGAUCUGCUCGCUCUCUGACAGCUGAUACGCACCUCCCCCUUCCGGGUUUACCUGGCUGCAGGUUCGCAGACGCUCGGCACUCUCUGCAGUGUUGCGCAAAUUAUUCCACCGUGCAGGUAUGUUGUAGUCUAUUGCGCGUCGGCGAUCUAGUCUGCGCCGUAAUAAACUUGCGUUUAUGUGCAGGCGCUGACAGGUCGGACUGCGUGUUUGCUCGUUUCGUCCCGGAGCUAUGCCACGCUGAGGUCCCGACUGCCCUGACCCGUUUUGGACUGCUGCUGCUUUGUGUGGGGAUAAAACCCACACUUUUUACGGACAUUGCCUGCUGCUGCGUUCGGGUGUGGAAAUCCCGUUGUCCGCAUUUUUAUGCCUAUUGUAUUAUGUUUUCAUGUUUAGCUGCCUGAAAUAGGAGGUGGAUGGCAAGGGAGAUUUUUCUUUAUUAUUUUUGUAGCUAUUUUUGAUUAUUUGAUGGUUUAGUUCUUUGAGUUCAAACUGUAACCUGUUUUGAUAUUUUCCUUUCUUUUUGAUUUGUAUUGGAUCUCUAUUGUUGUUGAAUUUAUUUUCAGUCUCCCAUUAACUGUCCAUCUUUGUGAUUCCAGGUGCUGAGGGCCUCACUGGUGAUCCUGUUUGGUGAUGGUGUCCCUUCGUGUGUAGUGUCUUAUUCACUCCCCUCCCUUGUUUUGCUUUGCCCUUGUGUGUUUGGAGUGUUAAUUUCGGAUUGUGGUGCUCCCAUUUUAAGUUUAUACUCCCACCCCUCACUCACCUUGAGCACAAAUGCCCCAGCCCUGGAAUACAUGAUAAUUUAUACAAAUAGGAUAACUUUUUUAGAUUUGAAUUGUGCCCAAUAAACUGUUGUAUAUGCUUUUGGAAACACGUCUCUCGCCUGCUCAGUGUAACGAACUUGUGUUGUCCUUUUGUUUAGAUUUAGUAAUUUACCUUAUUUAUAGAUUUCUUUCUUUUCCCUGGGUGAUUUCUCCCAGGGUGGCGUUGCUGGUUUCCUUUAGUUUCUUUCUUUUUCCCCUAGUUAAAAACAUAGAUUAUUGGGGUAGUUCCUACCCCACCUCACGCUUGCCACAAACUUGGCGUUGCUGGCAGGAUUUAUACUGAAAAAAAAAAAGGCAGAGACGUGUGUUCCUUUGUUUUUUGUUGUUCGUUUUUUGUUUUUUUGUUUUUCUGAAUAAGACAAAGCAGCAGCAGUCCCCUGGCAACCAUGGAGGAAGAAAUGCAAGAGUUGCGAGCUCUGGUUGCGCAGUUAAAGGCUGACAAUGAGAGGUUGCGUCAAGCUUCGUUGGUGCCGCCCUCUAGUGCUACACCUUCAACCUCCUCAGUACUGCCGACUGCCCUUACUUCUGCCAGUGCCCCUGCAGCCGAGAGGUUAGUGUUCGUGCCCCGAGACAGAAAGUGCCCUAUGUUUAGAGGAAGGUCAGGGAUAGCUCUGAGCGAGUGGCUUGAAGAGCUACAGUCGUGUAUGCGGGCUCGUCAUUUAGCCCCAGCUGAUCAGGCCUACUUUCUGUAUGACCAUUUAGAGGGAGAAGCACGGGAGGAAAUUAAAUACCGCCCCAGCACAGAGCGCGGGGAUCCAGCUGGACUAAUCACUAUAUUACAAGAACUCUAUGGCUGUUCUGAGUCGUAUGUGGCCUUGCAGGAAGCAUUCUUCUCUCGUAAGCAACAUGAAGGGGAAACGCUACUCGAAUUUUCGCUCGCUCUCAUGAGCCUUAUGGAAAGGGUGAAGCAGCGUGCACCGCCUGGAAUGCUUAAUACAGAUAGUCUGUUGCGGGAUCAGUUUGUUGAGCAGGUCUUAGACAGCACCCUGAGGCGAGAGCUUAAACAGUUUGUUCGUCAUCAACCUGCAGCUACCUUGCUCGACGUCAGAGGGGAAGCCAUUAGGUGGGAGCGUGAAGGUCUGCCCAGCACCUUCAGAGGCCGCAGUAACUCCGUCCCUUCCAUCAGUGGCAUUCAGUAUGGAGUUCAGGGUGCUCAUUCUGUUGUAUGUGUCCCUCCGUCCUCAGAAAUGGUAGAGUUGAAGGAAAUGUUGAGGCUGCAACAAGAGCAGCUCAACCAUUUAACCCAGACCCUCGCUCAUAUGCAGCGCCCUCAUGCUGGUAGUCAUACAGCGCAUCGUGGGCCCAGAGUGUGUCAUCGCUGUCAGAGACCAGGCCAUUUUGCGAGAGACUGUGACGGUGUGCGCAAUUCCCGCCCCCAGUUUUCUUCACCAGAUUCCAGGCCGUCUGCUAGGCAGGCAGAACCCAGCACGGCUCCGGAAAACUAGCACCCACCAAACUGCAGAGCCACAGUUUAGGUGGGGCCCCUCAUGGCUCACGCCCUGUGUCUGGUGGGCUAGCUCAAGGCCCCAGACUGGUGUCGUCCUGUCCCUAUUUAGAGGUUCUCAUGGGAGGAGUCAAGGUGCCAUGUUUGAUUGACACCGGCUCUAUGGUUUCUACUGUUACAGAAAGCUUCUUUCAAAAACAUUUUGAACCUUGGGGUCAGGAGCGGCUCAAAGCCUGUAGCUGGUUACAGCUAAGGGCAGCUAAUGGUUUGAGCAUCCCAUACCUGGGUUAUUUGGAGCUCGAUGUUGAGUUGUGCGGUAAACUAGUUUCACUGUGUGGUAUCUUGGUGGUAAAAGACCCCCCUGGUAAUGCUUCUCUUCAGGCCCCUGGUGUGUUGGGAAUGAACGUGAUCCAGAAAUGUUAUCAAGAGCUCUUUGUGCAGCACGGUUUGUCCCUGUUUAAUCUGCCCUCUGUCACGCAGGCCCCACAACCUGUCACGCAGGCAUUACAGGAGUACCAUCAGGUGACCACGCAGACCUCCCAGGAGCUGUCUGGGAAGGCAAAGGUCAGAGGAAUCGCAGAGGUCCCAUCCACUGUAGCCAUUGUAGCUUCUCACACCGCCUUACCUACCGUGCCAGACCAGAUUGAGGGUUUAGAUCUGUCUUCUCUUUCCCCUGAAGAGCAAGGUCAGGUGAGGUCUCUCCUUAGAAAGUACAGUCCUAUUUUCUCUACUCAUGACGGUGAUUUAGGCUGCACUAACCUCA